UCCCUUCGACUCUCAGAAUAAAAUAAAUGGAGGGGGGGCAUCGUUUUCCAAUGUACGCGCCCACUUCUGGAAGGAAAGAGCCGAGGGGACAGGAAUUGCAUAACCUAAUUAGUUCUGGUGCUUCCUGUACGUCUGCACGGUGUUGAGGUGGGCAGCAGACAUCAGCUGCUCAGUGUGUGUGUGUGGUGUGGAUGUGUUUGUGCUUGUGAGCGUGUGGAUGUGUGAGUGUGGAUGCAAAUGUGUUCUCCCAGUGUGGAGCUGCCAGAUUGCAGGUGCAGUCUGCCACAAGAAAGAUUCAUCUCCAGCUAGAGCCCAGGGCUGAUCCUCAUCUGGCAUUUCGGGGCCGGUGGAUGGAAUCGCCGCUGUGUUAGCCAGCAGUUUCACAGCUCUUGUGCUGCAACAGUUCCUUGUAAUUAUAUAAGGGAACAUUGUGGACUGAGGCCAGUAUUGUGAAUGAUAUUGAAAAGCAGAUGUACAAAUGCUCUAAAAUGCUAAAUUUAUCAUCAAAGCGAUGUCAAGGGAACCAAUGAAUAAAUAACAGCUGCAGCUCACGGGGAUACUGUUAUGACCCUGAGGCCUGAUUGAAGCAAUGUAUCAACAUGGAUCAAGGUUAUGCCUGUCCCAAGUCAAACUGUACACCUAAGAAAAUACCCUUUUAUAAGCCACGACUUAAAACUUACAUUGGAUCAAGAUUUUGAUCAGCCCUUCUAACAUCUGCUAACAUAACUCAGUGACAGGUUUGUGCCUGAUGAAUUACAUUGGGAUGAUUUGCGAAUGUUAAAGUUGCUCCAUAAAUGCAAGCUGUCCGUGUGGAGCCUUUGGACCACACUUCCAUCAAAGAAACAGGCAUCGGGAGAUGGGAACUUUCCUGACGCUGCAAUCUUUCAUUCAUCCUGGAGGAGUACACUUUCUCUGUUUCCAUGUUGGAUUGAGUGACUAACCCACCCUUGGUGCAGCUUUCCUCUUGGAACAUGACUAGGAUUUUGGAAGGCAAGGGAAAGAGACCUACAGUUCCAAGACAGUCUCCGGUCUCCAUCACUUCUCUCCCCUAACCAGUGACUACUUCCCUCUCCCUGCUUAAUGACAGAGGUUGAAUUAGUCAGCCCGCAGGCUUUGACCCAAAGGCUCCAUCACAAAGACUGUCACUAUACACCUCCGCAAGACUGCUUGUCUCAGCCCCUGUUUCUUCACGUUUACUGUCGGAACCCCUGACCAUGUCUUUGUUACCCCGGUGACAGACUACAACAAGAAGACACACUAAUCACCCUACCGUACAUCACAUUUGUAUCAGAGAUGGCCAGAGGACUACUCAGACCCCUAGGCAUACAAACUAACAACCACCCUGUGACAACUGCUGACUAACAUAAAGGAUCCUAUACCCACAACCAAUAAAAUUAACAUAAUAUGCAAAAUAUCAUGCAAGGACUGACAGAAACAUUACAUAGGCCAAACUGGAAGAAAACCGACAAUAAGGAUACAUGAACGCCAACCAGCCACCAAGAGACAUAACCAACUCUCACUGGUCUCAAUACACAUGGACAGAGAAGGACACAAAUUCAACUGAGUCAGCACAUCCAUAAUGCACAAGCCAGGGAAUUCCUGGAUGCCUAGCAAUCCAACUGGAACUCCAUCAAACACAUUGAACUGGACCAGAUACACAAACCACUGAAAAACAGAAGCGGAAGUGAUGACAACCAUCCCAGCACAUAAACCACGAGCAGGACAGAACACCAGUGCUUCACCACAGACAUACUAACGAUGUUACCGAGCAGGGUGAUGAUACGUCUGCAAUCAACCGCACCGGCUUGACCAACUCCAUGGCGGGCUGCGGAGAUUUGUGCAUGACCCAAAUGAGAGGGGAACCGCAGAAGCAGCAGCAGCGCUAUGGAGUACGAUCCUAUCUGCACUUAUUCUAUGAGGACUGCACUGGCUCAAUGCUGGAGGAUGAUGAGCUAGAUGAGCUGAACAGGCAGCGCUCCUUCGGCGGCUGGUGGUCAGCCCUCUGGAAGGUCGGCCUGUCAGCAGGGACCAUCCUCUUACUCGUUGGCCUAGCAACAGUCACUACCGGUUACCUGGUGCCCCCGAAGAUCGAAGGUAUCGGGGAGGCUGACUUCCUGGUGGUGGACAGGCGUGCCAUCGAGUAUAAUGAGGCGCUGGAGGUCAGCAAGCUGGUCGGUGCCAUUCUCUUCAGCAUAGGAGGGACGGCAAUCGCAGUGUGCAUUCUGGUUCUGACCCUUUCCAGGCACAUCCCCAGAGAUGAAGAGAGACAGUUUUCACCCAUUUUAAAGGGAGGCCCACUUGAAACAAAGCACAAAAUGGCUGUAAAAACUGGGUUGCCAGGGGACACCCAAAUCCCUCUUAGUUUGUCAAGAGUACAAAGCAUCCAACCCAAGACAGGAACCUGAGGGGCCAGUGCCCAAGCCCUUUAUGAAACAGGUCUCCUUGACAAUGUGAAUUCCAGUGUGAAGUCUUGAUCAAAUGGUCACACUUCCAUCGAUAGGCUUUAAGAGGUGUUUCCUUACUAAUGUGAAAAGAUUUCUGGCUGAUCUGAAUAUUCAGGGCCCCAGCCCUUUCCUAUCCCCAAUCCUGCAUUUCACUAAUCCAAUGGUGUUUCAAUUUAACAUCUUUAUCAGCAAAA